AAGUAGCGGCAGGAAUCCAAAAUACUGAGCGUUUGUCGAUUUAAUAAUUUUGUCUUCAAUUUUCAACUAAAGAGUUUUUGUAAAUAUUUUUUCUACAAAUGUUUAUUUAGUGUUAGGAUCUAAAGUUUUUGGUGGUAUUGAUGAACCGGGGUCAAUAAUUUAAUUCCAAUAAAAUAACAUUACGUUAUGAAAAGAUUAAUGUUAACGUUUUUAGGUUAGAGUUUGUGCACAGUGUUUUCUGAAGGUACACUGACACGAAAAGUGUUUAAACAUGACUAAUUUUAGGGGUUAACGUAAUGGACAAGAAUAUGGUUGAGUAAAUACUUUCACACAAAUUUUUGUAUAAAAUGUCUAGAAUAAUAAACUAUUUGCGAGAUCCUCGCUUAGUUCUUGCCGUUCAGCGUUACUUCGGAAUAACAGGUAAAAAUUCUACGAAAAAGGACGACGAUUGUGUUUCUAACUCUUUAGGACAUGGUGAUUCAAAAAAUUCAACAAAAACAAUUGAAAAUGGCAGUGUUCGUUCAACGAAAAAACAGAAACCAGAUUCAAACAGCCCCAGCGAUGAGGGUGACUACAUAAUUACCAAUUUGUUUUGGUAUUAUCUGUUUGUCUUUGGAACAGAAUUAGGAGACGAAAUAUUCUAUGCUACAUUCAUACCUUUUUGGUUUUGGAAUGUUGAUGGUGCGGUGGGGAGGCGUGUAGUUAUGGUGUGGACAAUUAUUAUGUAUAUAGGACAAGGAAUCAAAGACAUAGUAUGCUGGCCGCGCCCUGCCAGUCCUCCAGUUCACAGGUUACAGAAAAAGUGGGUUCAGGAAUAUGGCAUGCCUUCAACCCAUGCCAUGGUUGGAAUCUCCAUACCAUUUUCAGUGGUCCUCUACACAAUGAAUCGUUAUCAGUAUCCACUGCAUUGGGGCCUUGUGAUAGCCGUUCUAUGGUGCUCAGUUAUGUGUAUGAGUCGCAUCUAUUUGGGCAUGCACUCUGUUCUGGACAUAAUAGCAGGCCUAGUGCUAGCUCUAGUGUUGAUGGUGGCGCUGGUGCCGGCUAUUGACAGCCUGGAUCGCAGCCUGGUCACCAGCCAUUGGUCUCCGCCAGCUAUGCUGCUAGUCAGCACACUGCUCAUUGCCGUCUACCCCCAAGGUAGCAAGGACCAAUGGACACCUACCAAGGGUGACACAACAGUGGUGGUGAGCGUGUGCGUUGGAGUGAUGCUGGGUUCGUGGACCAACUACCAGUUGGGGCAGAUGAGUGAACCCCAAACCCCGCCCCCCUAUGAAGUCAUCUGGCCCUCCUACGAGAUGAUUGGUGUGGGUGCCCUGAGAACCAGCCUGGGUCUGUGCGGAGUGGUGGCGACUCGAGCCAUCUGCAAAUCGGUGUCCUAUGCGCUCACCCAGUCAAUUUUCCGCUGGAAAAACGUCGACUCAUCCGAUGUAUCAUCAGACACAUACGCGCAAGCUGUCACCAUUGAACGCACUCUAGACAUCUACUACAAGUACCUCACUUACGGCCUCAUAGGAUUCAACAUUGUUUUCCUGCUGCCUGCCGCCUUCCGAGUACUUAGUAUAGAGAGGCCAACUUUUUAUACGGAAUUAUAAAAAAUAUUCAACCAGUUCUGUGACCUACUUCAUAAGUAUGUUUAGAAGUCGUAUUCGGAAUUAUAAAAAAUAUUCAUCCAGUUCUGUGACCUACUUCAUAUGUUUAGAAGUGUAUAUCACUGUGGAAAAAACAUAUUUUUAAAUUUUAAAUAAGAAUUAGAAUAGAUUUCACAUCAUCUACAAGUUUACAGUAGAGAUGGAUUGUGUUGAUCGUUUGUGCAUUCUUAAUCAGAUCAAUCAGUUUCAUUGUAUUUCAAUAAAACUCCGAAUGUCCCCAAACUAAAUGAAUGAAAGAUUUUAAAUGGAUUAAAUCCCGUAUUUUAACACUUAUCAUGCAGCGUCCCGAUUAUGGAUGAUAACGGCUUAGAAUGGUGCAUGCCACACAUGUGCGUCAUGUGACCUGUCCCACCACCACCCCUCCACCCAUCUGAAAUAUCGGUAGGUGAGAAGGUUCGGAACGCUGUAUGACAGGUGUGUCAAGGGCUUUAUUCAUUAGGAAGAACAAAUUAUGGCUUGGGGUGACAAUCCAUGUCAAUGGUUAACUGUGGUAACGCAGUUUCAAUGUGAAACUGUGCUUUCACACACUUCAAUAAUUUAGGGGAGCAAUUUUCGAUUGGGAUCCAUUGGAAGAUACCUGCAAACUGAGCAAUCCUAAAAUAGAGAACUGCAGUCUCUAUCACCUAGUAAAUCAGAUAGCAAUCUCUC